AUGACGUCCCGCGUUAAGUUUGAAGUUGCAGAAGAGGGUGUCAUCCCUGAGUGCCAUCCGGAAUGCACUGUGUGGAUGCUGCAACGCAUUCAGGCGGAGCUACAAUGCAAGGAUGAGGAGUUCACAAAUAAGCACAUUCGUCUUAUUAAUGACUUUCUCGUGGGUGAUGAGGAUCUACACGCGCUCUUUUGCUACUACAGUAGUGUGUUGGUGGAUGUGGUUUCUGAAGACGGGGAGCCGUCCUCUGAAUCCCGUAGCCAGCAGGAAAUGAUCGCGGAGUUGCGCAUUGUUGAUGGCCUUCCGGCUGUAUCACGGAGGGACACAAUGAAGGGAAUGUGCCUUGAUGUCGUGUGGUUUGCCCGCCUCGACCCAGAGAAGUUGAUCGUCCCUGAGAGCGUGGACACCUGUAUUGCGUGGGGUGUAUGUCGUGGUGGUAAUCUUCUUGAAGGUUUCCUUCGCCAGCUUCAGUACUCUAUCGCACCAACGCUUCUACAGAAUCGCUGGCCAGACAGUCUUGAGAAGGACGUUCGUUCAGCCCUCCAUCGUUUUAUGGCAGCUGUAACAGAAAAUGUGAAUCGUCUCAAGGGUCAGACAGUGUUGUAUGUCCCCAGUGAUCUCUUUAGCAAGGUGGACCUCGCCGAAGCGCACCAAAAUCGUGAACUUGUUCAGGGUUUUGAGGCGGUAGUGAUCCACUGGACGCGGCAAAUUAAAGAGGUUGUGGGAGAUAAAGACGCCGGUCUCACGGGAGAUGGUGCAGGACCGUUGCAAGAAAUCGCGUACUGGCGGUCGCGUGCGCGUGACUUGGGUAAUAUCCGCACGCAGCUGAACCGCUCGGACGUGGGAGGAAUUGUGCAGGUUUUGAAAAAUGCGAAAUCAUUUUACUAUCUUGAGCCAUUUUUGAACUUGCGUGCCGACGUGGAGAAAGGUACCGAUGAGGCCUUUGAUAGUCUGCGGUUCCUUAACACGCUGCUGGAGCCGUGUACCCGACUAUCACGUGCUGGCCCAAAGGAGAUACCGUCCCUUAUUCCCGAUGUUCUCAUUCACGCGCAGCUGAUUCUUCUGUACUCAAAGAGUUACAAGAAAGAUCGCUUUUUCCGCCUGUUACGGUUAAUCUCUAAUGAAAUCAUUUUCCGCUGCAGCCAGGAGAUUGAUGUGCCUGCCAUCCUCAACGGUGAUGUAGAGCGGAGUAUGGUAGCACUGAGACACAGCGUUGCGGCUGGUAAUGCAUGGAUCCAGGAGUGCCACAAGAUGCUCGCGGCCACACGCAAAAGGUUUAAGAUGGAACGUGGUGAGAAACUUGAUGUAGACGACUCUUUUCUUAAUGAAAUUGACGGGUUUGUGCGCCACCGCUGCCAAAACUUGUGCGAAAUUUGUAAGGCUCAGCUGCAGUUCGGUUUUAAGAGUGUAUUCCAAGAUAGCCAAAUAUCUACCGAUCGCACAGGGGGAUCGCGGCACACGCGUGGAGUUCGAAACGCGGCAGCAGUUGAGAAGCGGCAGAUUGCCGGUGGCGUGGCCGCCUAUGGUGCGCCGCUUGAGGUGAAGGAUCUGGUUAAAACGAAAGGAAAGGAAAAGGAUGUCUUUAGGGGCCAGCUGCCAAUUUUCAGUGGGAAUAAGGGUCCAGAGAUUGAGACGCAGCUGUUAGACAUCCAACGUGCAUUUAAAGCCAAGAUAGACACACUGCGGCGGUUAGACUACGAUAUUCUUGAUGUGAAGUCUACUCGUUGGGUUGAUGACUUCCGGGCAUUGAAGUCAGACAUUGAUAAUCUAUCUAUGAUGCUUCAGCAGAUCAUCACGGCGGCUUUUGAUAGCUUUACCACAACAGAGAUGGGCGCUGAAUACAUUGAGGCCUUUUUUCUCGUGGCGGAAACAGAGGAGCUUCAACUCCAGUUGGAUCGAAGUAAAGACCGAGUGUUUCGUAUGGUGCAUGAUAGGGCUAUGGUCGUACAGGGCAAGUUACAACGAUGUUUCAACAAGCCUCCACCAAUUUUCUACCUCCAUCCGCCCCUAGCUGGUCACGGUAUGUGGGCAGAGAACAAUGCCCACCUUCUUCAGAUGACUACGGAGACACUAAAUCACUGCUACUACUUGCGUGAAUCCCCCGAAUCCACGGAGACAAUACAACUUGUCGAUCGACUGGAUCGGUCUCUCCGCGACACGAUGCGGCAGAAGUUUUGCGAAUGGAGGGCAAACCUGCCGCAGAACCCUGGCGAGUAUCUUGAGCGAUUUCUCAUUUCUAAGCGCCCCAACCCGCGGAAACACUCCCUCGCCCUGUAUGAUGUAAAUUUCGCUUCGGAGCUUUUGUUACUCUUCGCUGAGGCGCGGUACUGGCACAGUCUUGGCGAGCUGUUGCCUGUCCACAUUAUGGACAUUGUGUCUAAGGAAGAACGCCUGCGAAUAUACCGUGAGAGUGUUGCACAGGCAGUUCGGGCCCGAAACAGCAUUGCCUUGUCGCUGACCCGUGAGGAAUGUCGACUUUUCUCAGUGCGGAUGAAUUUUUUGGAGAGCAAAUAUAUGCCCGGAAUGACGAGACUGCUGUGGAACUCACAGGGUAUUGUUGAGUACUUUGUUCGAGAGUGCCGCCAACACGUGGAGCGAGUUCAGCACAUCGUAAAUGAGUUUAAGCACGGAUCAGAGUACGUUGACCAUCACUGCAAGGCUAUUGCCGACACGAUUGUGGUCAUCUUUGAGAAAAAGAAGGUAUAUUCCAUCGAAUCCUUCGUAGAGAAGCAAGAGGCUCACCGUGCCGCCACGUUGGAGAAACUUCAGGCAAUUCAUCGGCGCCUCGUGGACAAGCUAUUCGAGUUGUUGAGCUACUUUCGUGACGACUAUGCCGAGGAUGAUGUCGUUCGCACGGAGUGGCACCGCCUCAUAUCGAAGGUGGAGCUAAAGGUGGAGGAAGCGUUGCGUACGAUGGUGAAGCGUACACUUCAGGUGGUAGAGCGUAUGUUACCUAUCGAACCAUCGGAAGACCGUUUGGAAGAAAAGGUUUUCAAACUGGACGUGGUUGUCACGGUUGCGGAUGACACCAGGCCCCACAUUGAGCCUGUGCCGUCCGUUCGCAAGUUGAGCCACGACGUGAAUGGUGUGUGCAAGGCCAUUAUCGGUAUUGUGAAGAGCAUUCCUCGCCUGGAGGAGUCACUGCAAGCUCGAGUUGCGCAAGACCAAACGGACGAUGCUGAUGCAGGCAAACGACAACCAUUUCAGUACAGCAGCUCCAACACGGAUUCUCUUGCUCUCCGUGGAUCGUACUUUGAGUACAUGACUAGCGAGCAGGAUGCGAUAUACAGUCUCCGCCAUGUGCGUGAGUCCUUUGAUGCUAUAGAAGAGAAAGUGCGGGAUAAGUUGACUCAGACUUGGCAGUUACACCAGUCGGACACCACGGACAGUUUGUGGACAACACAGAAGCAGGUCCGCCGUAUCAAGCAAGGUUGGAAGCUCGAAGAUUAUCGUAUUCACAUGGACCAUGUGGCCCAGCGUCGUGAAGGAAUCAACAAGCAGGAGACGUUCUCUGAUGUCCUUUUCCUCCAACUAGAUUUCACCAAGAUGAAGGAGAGCUUCCGCAAACAGUGCCAACUUGUUAUUACUCACUAUCAUAGCCUGUUGUAUGCGGAUGCCAAGUCCGAGGUCGAUGCUAUCUACAAGAACUUUGUUUUAACCAUUCAGGCACUGACAAAGGAACCACAGUCCCUGGAUGAACUUGGUGACCAAAUUAAGAGAUGCGCCGCCGCCACAGAGGCACUGCCAGAAAUUUCGGCCAAGUUUGGACCAAUUGCCGAUACCUUCGCCCUCAUUACCCACGAUAUGUACAACUUCGGCAGCGUUAGACCCGAGGAUGUUCGUCGCUGCGAGGGGCUUCAGGAAAAAUUUGAGGUGUACUCGGAACAGCUUGUGAAGGCUCAGCAGCAGCUGGCAAAGUACAAAGAACAGUUUCGGCACGAUGUGGAGACGGAUAUACGAGCUCUGUCGUCAAAUUCCUACGCACUUCGUCAGAAGGUCGCUGAGGAGGGACCGCGGUCACACACACUUUCCACUGAAGAUGCGUUCGCCAAACUCAGCUCGCUUGGGUUGCGUGCGAAAGAAUUACGUACCAUGGAGAGUAGGCUUCAACAAGGUAUUGAGAUCUUCAACCUAGAGAAACCUCAGUUGGAUGACUUGGUGGCUGCGGAGAAGGAGUUGGAGAUACUUCGCAAAAUAUGGAACCUGUGUGACGAGUGGCGGCGAGAAAAUUCAUUGUGGCGUACUAUGUAUUUUAUUAAGCUUAACAGUGAAAGUAUGUUGGAUGUCUGCGAACGUAUUCGUAAGGACACACUGAGGCUCCGGAAUGAACUCCAGAUGACAGAUGUAUGGGUGAAUCUUAAAGAAGAGGUGGAGCUCAUGAAACGGUUACUUCCCAUUGUGGAUGAUCUUAGGACCCCUGCCAUACGACCGCGUCACUGGGAGUUCCUCAAAGUACAGCUUGACGCCACGUUUAACAUUGACGAUGAGAGCUUCUGCUUGAAUGACCUUAUGGAGGCUCGUGUGGAGACGCAAGCAGAGUUCGUUGUUAACCUCGCUACGUCCGCGCGAGAGGAGAUGAAAAUUGAAACUGAUCUUGAAAGAAUCCGUACGUUCUGGGAGGAUUCUGAGUUGAUGAUAGAACCAUACCAAGGUUACCACAAAAUAUCCGGUGUAGACGACAUUAACAAUGCCUUAGCUGAACAUCUUGCACAGUUGAGUUCUAUGAAAAUGUCACGGUUUGUAGACAGUUUUCGUCCAAAGGUGAUUCAAUGGGAGCAGACGCUGUCAAUUGCAACAGAUACAAUAGAGGCUCUCCUCACGGUGCAGACGAAGUGGAUGUAUCUGGAGAACAUCUUUAUUGGCAGCGACGAUAUUAAGCGGAAGCUAGCGGCUGAGUCAAAGAAGUUUGAUGGCGUGCAUUCUCAGUGGCUGGCGAUUAUUACGCGAUUUAUUAACGAUCCGAACGUGGUUCGCGGCACACGGCGUGAUGGAUUGAUUGAUCAGUUGCAGAACAUGAAUAACAGUCUUGAAUUUAUCCAAAAGAGCUUGGAAGGCUUUCUUGAGGAUCGCCGUCGUGUGUUCCCCCGCUUUUACUUUCUUUCCAACGACGACCUCCUUGAAAUCCUUGGCCAUACGAAAGAUCCAUCCAAGGUCCAACCACACUUACGUAAGUGCUUCGAAGGUCUUUACCAACUGUCACUUAAGACUGUCCGCCAGCGCACUGUUGCGGACGCAAUGCUGUCGUCCGAUGGCGAAACUGUCGCUUUUACUCCCGCUGUACAGGUGGGAGGGUUGCCGGUUGAGUCCUGGCUCCGUCGUGUAGAGGUGAAGAUGCGUGAGAUGAUGCAAAAGCGAAUCAACGCCACGGUUGAUGACUUACAGAAGAGCGUUUUUGAGACUAAGAAAUCGAUUUCGCGUGACAGUCUGAAAGCCUGGGCUGAGCGUAACGAAGGCCAAAGCAUUAUCACAGCUUCUUGCAUCAACUGGACUUUGAUGACAGAAAGUGCCAUCACGGAGUAUGGCGAGCUUCACUCGGGUGGCUUAGGUUUACAACGUCGUAAGGCCUCCCCGCUGUACAAAGUGUAUAAGCGAUGGAAGGGGAUGAUUAAGAAAUACUGCCAGCUCGUCCGUCAGCCACAGAACCGCGUUCAGCGCAGCAAAUUGGUGGCGCUCAUUACAAUUGAGGUGCAUUCUCGGGACAUUUUGCGUCAGGUUCUUGCUGCGCGCGUCCACCAGGAUGAUGACUUUGAGUGGUCGAGGCAACUUCGUUUCUAUAGGGAGGAGGAUGAGUCAACUGAUCGUCCACAAGAGGGUCACAAAAUUUGUCUUGUUAGGCAAACUUCUGCAACGGUCCGCUAUGACUAUGAAUACCUGGGAAACAGUGGGCGUCUCGUCGUCACUGGCCUCACAGACCGGGCAUACAUGACACUGACAACCGCACUACAGUUGCACCGAGGAGGGCUUCCGCAGGGUCCUGCAGGAACAGGCAAGACGGAAACUGUGAAGGAUCUUGGCAAAGCUAUCGGCAAGUACGUCAUGGUGUUCAACUGCUCUGAUGGUCUAGAUUACAAAUCUGUUGGUCGGAUGCUCAGUGGUAUUGCGCAAACGGGUUCGUGGUCGUGCUUUGAUGAGUUUAACCGUAUUGAGGUGGAGGUGCUUUCUGUUGUGGCGCAGCAGAUUCUGUCAAUCCUCACAGCCGUUUCCGAGCGCAAAGAUCAUUUCCUCUUCGAAGGUUCAGACAUUCCACUCAACAUGAACUGCGGUCUUUUCGUCACAAUGAAUCCGGGUUAUGCGGGGCGGUCGGAACUCCCUGAUAACCUUAAGGCGCUACUUCGUCCCAUUUCCAUGAUGGUACCAGAUUUCGCACUUAUUUGCGAAAUUACUUUGUUGUCAGAAGGCUUUGAGGAGUCAGAAACUUUAUCGAAAAAGGUUUCGAUUUUGUAUGAGCUCAUGGAAAAGCAGCUCUCGAAGCAGGAUCACUACGAUUUCUCCCUCCGUAACAUCAAGGCGGUGUUGGUUCAGGCAGGUAACCUGAAGCGUGAGGGAUUCCCGGGGACGGAGUCUCAAUUGUGCCUCAAGGCAAUGAACGAUAUGAACCUUCCCAAAUUUGUAAAGGAUGACGUGCCGCUGUUUGUUGGAAUGCUGAAUGACCUUUUCCCUGGUGUUGAACCCGGUGAUAGUGGACUGGGUGCUCUCCAAGAAGCCGCUGAGAAAGAAUUGGAUGCAGAGGGACUUGAGGUUAACGCACAUAUAGUGGUAAAGACGCUGCAGUUGUGGGACACCCUUCGUACCCGCCAUGGUGUGAUGGUUGUUGGGCAAACGGGAUCGGGUAAGACGGUGACCUGGCGUAACCUUAGUGGUGCUCUACGGCUUCUGAAGGAGCAGAAUCUGGAACCUGGGCUGUACGAGCCUGUUAGGGUGUCAUUACUGAAUCCCAAGUCUGUCACCAUGGAUGAGCUAUACGGCAGUUACAACCAAGCUACACGUGAAUGGAAGGACGGAAUUCUUUCGGACCUCAUGCGGCAGAUUUGCCGUGACAUAACGGACACGGCAUAUAAGUGGAUGUUAUUCGAUGGUCCGGUUGAUACGUUGUGGAUAGAGUCCAUGAACACUGUUUUGGACGAUAACAAGAUGCUCACACUUAACUCGGGUGAACGUAUUACCCUUAACUCAACCGUCCGAAUGAUGUUUGAGGUUCAGGAUUUAUCGCAGGCCUCGCCCGCAACCGUUUCUCGUUGUGGUAUGGUUUACUUUAACGUUGAGGACCUCGGGUGGAUGCCGUUCUUUAAGACGUGGUUGAAGUCACGUUGGAAGUUUGAAAUCACGAUGGGCGCGCCGAGGCCCGACGAUACCAUCAGCGAACUGCAGGAGUAUGUGAAGAACACAGUUACGCGCGUUCUGGAGUACCGAGCCCAUGAGUGUGUUGAGUUGGUUCCAACUACCACCUUAAACGUCGUCCGGUCUUUCACGCGUAUGUUAGACGCGCUUGCGAGCGUGGAUGCUGAACCGUUUGUUCCUGAAGCCGCGCACUACGCUACUUCUCACGCAGGUGAAAACUAUCUUCCCCAGUUGCGGAUUCUUGCGACGUUCUGCCUCAUGUGGUCAGCCGGUGGUUCCCUCACGACAGAAUCCAGACAGAAGCUUGAUGCCUUCAUUCGUGAACUGGACUCCUCCUUCCCGUCCACAGAGACUAUUUUUGAGUACUUCCCCGACCUGGGUGGCCUGCAGUGGAAGAAUUGGAAUGAACACGUGGACCUUCAGAAAACGUAUAUGCCAGCCACCGGCACCCCAUACCACAAGUUAAUUGUCCCUACUGUGGAUACUGUGCGUUACGAGUAUAUUGUGAGUCAGCUUGUACGCAGCCAAGUACAGUUGGUGCUUGUUGGGACAACUGGUACUGGAAAGUCUCUCAUCGCAAGGCAGGUGCUGGCUAACCUUAGUAACGAUGUGUAUGUCACGACCCAGCUGAACUUCUCUGCACAGACGACAGCAGGUAACGUUCAAGACAUUAUUGAAGGACGCAUGGAACACAAAUCAAAGAAAGUUUGCUGUCCACCGGGUGGUCGCCGUAUGAUUUGCCUUGUAGAAGACUUGAACAUGCCGGCCAAGGAAAAGUUCGGUGCUCAGCCACCACUGGAGUUGUUACGUCAAUGGUUAGACAAUGGUUACUGGUACGACAGGAACACACGAGGAAGGCGAACCGUCAACGACCUCCAGCUGCUUUGCUGUAUGACGUAUGGCCGGCCAGACAUCACGCCGCGGCUAAUGAGUAAACUCAAUGUGUUCAACAUUACGUUUCCUUCAGAAUCCGUCAUCACGAAGAUUUUCACUUCGAUUCUUAUGUACCGCUUGGAGCCGUAUCCUGAGCUGCAUAAGCUCGUGAACUCUGUUGUGAAAGCAACUCUUCAGACCUAUCAGAAGGUGUCAGCGGAUUUGUUGCCAACUCCGAGUAAGUCGCAUUAUUUGUUCAACCUUCGUGAUCUCAGUAAAGUCUUCCAAGGCAUCUACGGUUGCCACAUGGAAUACCUUCAAUGUAAGGAGCAUAUGGUGGCAUUGUGGGCCCACGAAUGUUUCCGUGUGUUCUCCGAUAGAAUGAAUGAUCCAAAUGACAAGGCGUGGUUCAAGAACCUCAUUUGCGAGAAGUUGGCAGAUAUCUUUCAAACUAAGUGGAACAACAUCAUUCGUGCACGUUCGCGCGACUCCCGCAACCAGGCAGUGGACGAGAAGGAGAACCCUCUGUUUGUUGACUUCUGGGAUGGCGAGUAUGACGAGAUGGCAAAGUACCGCCUUGUCCCCUCAUUAGAAGCCCUCCGCGACAAGGUGGAGGAAUACCUCGAUGCCUAUAAUAGUGAGCCCGGUGCGCGGCAGAUGAAUCUCGUCUUUUUCACGGACGCCCUUGAACAUCUUUGCCGCAUCCACCGUAUCGUACGUCAGCCACGAGGUAAUGCGCUUCUAGUGGGGCUCGGCGGUAGCGGCAGAUAUUCGCUUACGCGACUCGCCACGUACCUCGCGGGGUACUCGAUAUUCUCCAUUGAGACUCACAAGAAGUAUGACUUGGAUCGCUUCCACGAGGACCUUCGCUCGCUUUACAAGGGAUGUGGGCUGAAGGGUCAGCAGAGGGUCUUUUACUUCUCCGACAAUCAGAUCAUGCAACCGGCAUUCUUGGAGGACCUCAACAACAUGCUCUCGACGGGUGAAGUGCCAAAUCUGUUUCCUAAGGACGAGUUGCAGAAUAUUCGUGACACAGUAUGCAAGCAGGCGAUCGCGAGCGGGUACCGUGACACACCAGACGAGAUGUACAACUUCUUCAUCGACCGAGCGCGGACGAACCUUCAUCUCGUGGUAGCUAUGUCCCCCGCUCACAAACUGUUCCGCGCGCGCCUGCGCCAAUUCCCCGCGCUGGUGUCAUGCACGUCGAUCGACUGGUUUGUGGAAUGGCCCAGUGAAGCGCUUCGUGAGGUCGGCUUACGUUACCUUCAGGAAACGCGUGAAAAUAAGGAGGAUGACGAACACCUUGGCAUCAUUUCAGACUUCUUCGUUUAUAUGCACUACACAACCAGCACACUUUCGCGGGAGAUGUUGGAGCAGGUACACAGGUACAACUACGUAACGCCCUCUUCUUACCUUGACAUGGUGCGUGGGUUCCGCAGAAUGCUAACACAGAAGCGGGACGAAAUAAUUGAGCAACGUGAUAAGCUGGCGAAUGGUAUGGCAAAGCUCGAGGAAACCAAGCUGGCGGUGAGCAAAAUGACUGAGGAGCUCAAAGUGCAGGAUGCCAAAUUGCAGGAAAAAACGGAGGAGGUAAACCGUGCGACGGAGAGUAUCAAGGUACAGCAACAGAACGCGGAGGAACAGCAGAGUUUGCUCGCAUCAGAGAAGGUAAAGAUAGAACAAACGAAACGAUCUGCGUUGGCUGACCAGGCGGAGGCUCAGGCGGAUCUGGAUCGUGCUAUGCCCACACUAUUGGAGGCGCAGAAUGCCCUUGACAAACUUGAGAAGAACGAUAUUAACGAAAUAAAGUCGUACAAAACGCCCGCCGCGAUGAUUCGGACAGUGAUGUACGCCGUGCAGACGACACUGCGACGGAAGCUAGAGUGGGACGAGGCCAAAAAGUCGCUAAGUGAGCCUAAGUUCAUUGAUAUGCUGAAGCACUAUCACGAGAACAAUGAUAUGACGGACCAGCGCCUUCUGGAUAAAAUUGAAAAGUAUGUUAAACGUCCGGAUUUUACUCCCGCUGCAGCAAGUGCUGUGUCUAAGGCUGCUGGUGGUCUUUGCCAGUGGGUGAUAGCAAUUCAUAAGUAUGGUAACAUUUAUAAGGAGGUGCAUCCCAAGAUUGUCAAAAACGAAAAUGCGCAGCAGAAAGUCCGGGCCCAGGAGGAGAUGCUUCGGCAGAAGGAAGAAAAGUUACAAAGGAUUAUGAGUGAAGUCAAACAACUAGAGCUUGCUCUGCAGCAAAAUGUAGAUGAGAAGAUGCGCCUGAUGCAGGAGGCGAAGGAGACGCAGAUGAAGCUCGACCGAGCACGUAUUAUUGUUGAUGGUUUGGAAGGUGAACAGGACCGGUGGAUUGAGUCAAUUGCCCGUUACGAGGCUGCUCUCGGCACGCUCGUUGGGGAUGCCCUGCUUGUUUGUGGUUUCUUGUGCUACGCUGGUGCUUUUACUGCGGACUAUCGGCAAAAACUGUGGUUAAAUUGGAUUAAGGAGAUUAAGCGGCUGCAAAUUGCAAUAUCGAAAAAUUUCGACUUCGUGGAAUUUCUUGCCGAUCCAACUGAAGUGCGUGACUGGCAGCAGGCUGGUCUUCCUGGCGACGACUUCAGCAAGGAGAACGGUGCGGUGGUGAUGCGAGGAACCCGGUGGCCUCUUAUGAUUGAUCCACAGUUGCAGGCGAUUAAGUGGAUCAAGCGAAUGGAAAAAGAUAAGGGUCUCAAGGUUAUUGAUCAGAAGCAGCCGGACUUUCACAAGACGGUGGAGUACGCCGUCCAAUUCGGUUGCCCAUUACUUCUGCAGGAUAUUCUUGAGGAAAUCGAUCCUCUGCUUGACUCAGUGCUUUCCAAGGCGAUCGUGCGCAAGGGGGCGAAGCCUAUUUUGAAGAUUGGUGACAACUACGUGGAAUACAACGACAACUUCAAGCUUUACAUAACGACACGCCUGCCGAACCCUCACUAUACGCCCGAGAUAUGCAGCAAGGUCUGCUUGCUCAACUUUGCUGUACGAGAAACUGGCUUGGAGGAGCAGCUGCUUAAGAUUGUGGUAGAGAAGGAGAAGCCUGAACUGGAGCAAGACAACGAGCAGUUGAUUCUCGACACCGCCGAAGCGAGGAAGGAGACAAAACGUCUGGAGGAUGAAAUCCUCAACCUGCUCUCUACUUCACAGGUGUCGUUGUUGGAAAAUAAGAAGCUAGUGGAUACUUUGCAGUCGGCGCGUGUUAUUGCAGCGAACAUUAAACAACAGUUAAAGGAGGCGGAAAUUACCGCGGAGAAGAUCCACAGUGCCCGCGAGCAGUACCGUGAAUGUGCCCGCCGCGCCUCUAUUCUGUUCUUUGCGCUUGCUGAUCUGGGGUCUAUCGAUGCCAUGUACCAGUUCGCUCUUGAUUCGUAUAUCGUUUUGUUCCAGGGCAGCAUUCAACGGUCCGCGCAAAAAAUCGCCACCCACACCCUAGAAGAGCGUGUGCGAACGCUCAAUGAUUGGCACACCAGCGCCGUCUACGCGAACACAUGCCGAGGGUUGUUUGAGAAACACAAGCUGCUCUUCACGUUUCACAUGACGAUCCGUAUCUUGCAGGCUGAAGGUCUGGUGAAUAUUGAAGAAUAUGUCUUCUUGAUGCGCGGUGGUCAAGUUCUGGACAAGCAAGGACGUUUGCCGAACCCUGCACCUUCGUGGCUUUCUGAGCGAGCGUGGAGCCACAUCCUUGAGUUGGACAAGUUGACAAACUUCCACGGCGUUGCCGCGUCGUUUGAGCAAGCACAGGAGUCGUGGAAGCACUGGUUCUUGCAAGAGAACCCUGAAGACGCUGAGCUUCCAGAUGACUGGCAGACACGUACGGCAGACAAUUACAUCCAGCGCAUGAUAUUUGUGCGUUGCCUUCGUCCUGAUCGGGUUAUAUUUAUGGUGUACGAAUUCAUCGAGAAGCAACUCGGGCCUCAGUUCGUGGAUCCUCCACCGUUCAAUCUCAAGGACACCUUCGAGGAAAGUACCAAUGUUGUGCCACUGGUAUUUGUACUCUCCCCUGGUGUUGAUCCGACCACCCAACUGGCGGCACUCGCGCAGCGCGAAGGACGCCCACUGAAAACACUGGCGCUAGGGCAGGGUCAGGGUGAGAAUGCUAAGCGCGCUGUUCAGGAAUGUUCACAGGUAGGCGGCUGGGUGUUCUUGGCGAAUUGUCACUUAAUGGUGUCCUGGUUGGUAGAAUUAGAGAAGAUUAUUGAGGAUCUGGUGGAGCAACGGCCACAUAAAGAAUUUCGUCUGUGGCUCAGCUCGGUCCCCACAACACAGUUUCCUAUCGGUAUCUUGCAGCGAGCGAUCAAAAUGACUACAGAGCCUCCCACUGGAAUCAAGGCGAAUAUGUUGCGGCUGUAUAACCAGUUUUCCGAGGAGCAGUUCGCGGAGCACACGGGCUCUAAUCCACAGAUCUACUGCAGUCUUCUCUUCGCGCUCUGCUUCUUCCACUCUAUACUUCUGGAGAGGCGCAAGUUCGGUAACCUUGGGUACAACGUUGUAUACGAUUUCACCACUUCCGACUUCGAGGUGUCCGAGAACAUUAUUGCUCUGUACAUUGGCAACAUGGCAACUGACCGAGUAGAGGACAUACCAUUUGUUACUAUUCGCUACCUUAUAGCGGAAGCCUCAUACGGUGGUCGUGUGACAGAUGACUGGGACCGUCGUGUGAUCAACACAUACAUCUCUCAGUUCAUGUGCCCAGCAAUCCUGACGGAAGAGCGAUAUCCACUUUCGGCUGCCGAGGAGUACUACAUUCCCUCAGGGAUCAGCACACUUCAGGCCUAUAAGGACGAGUGCUCGUUGCUUCCCAUCACCGAUCCACCAGAGGCUUUUGGUCAGCAUACGAACGCGGAUAUUGCCAGCCGUGUGGCGGAGUCGACAAUGCUUCUUGACAAUCUCAUCAGUGUUAACAAAACUCUGGCUCGUGGUGGCGGCUCCUCUGGGGGCGCAUCCAAGGGUAUGUCAGAGGAAGCACGUUGUUUAGAAAUUCUCGCGUCACUGGAGGAACCAAGCAAGACAGCCAUACCUAAUCCCAUUGACUACGAUGCCGUCUACGAGUCUGUCAAGGAAGACACCAACAACGCGCUGAAUACCUGUCUGUUGCAGGAAAUUCAGAGGUACAACGUUCUACUUCGAAAGAUAAUCGUGCAGAAGAGGGAACUGCGCCGUGCUGUGAAGGGUGAAGUUUUGAUGACCGAUGAGCUAGAGGCGGUGUUUAAUGCCCUUCUGUUGAGUCGCGUACCGCCGCCGUGGACGAGUGCAUACCCCAGCAUGAAACCUCUUGCGAGUUGGGCUGUUGAUCUUGUGGAACGAAUAGAGCAGAUGAAACAAUGGGGCCAGCGCGUGCCAAACGUGUUCUGGCUCUCUGGCUUCACAUAUCCCACAGGUUUCUUGAAAGGCCUGCAGCAGCAGCAGGCGCGUCAUGACCGUAUAUCCAUCGACCAGUACACGUGGGAGUUUGUUGUGCUUCCAAGUGAAGAGCGAACGAUUGUCAACCGUGCCAAAAAAGGUGCGUACGUGCGCGGCAUAUUCCUUGAGGGUGCAGGCUGGAAUGAAGAAAUGAACACCCUUUGCGAACCGCGGCCACUAGAGCUUAUAGUGCCUAUGCCUAUUAUCCACUUCAAGCCGAAAAUACGGGACACUAAGCCGCGACCUCCUACUAUUUAUGAAUGCCCACUUUACAUGUACCCCUUGCGUACCGGUACGCGUGAACGACCCUCGUUUGUUGUUGCCGUUGAUCUCGAGUCUGGCGAAGCGGUACCUGAGCACUAUACAAAACGUGGUACAGCGCUGCUACUCUCUACAGAUGAGUAA